GUGACUGGGCGUUCGGGAUCCAGCCUACCUCCAUCCCUCCUCCAACUCGGUCCCGGUUGGCCGCUUGACGACGCCAGUUUUGUUUGUGUUAGUUACCAGCAAGUCGAGCAGCUCUCGCGCAGCCUCGGGAAAGCUGGCCGCGCCACUUGCAUGGAUGCACCAUGGCCACGUUUGUGUGCAGGAUUCAGUUUUUAGACGACACCGAUCCGUUCAACAGCACCAACUUCCCGGAACCGACCAGACCGCCGCUGUACACCUUCAGGGAGGACAUCCCCCUCAUCAACCAGCUUGCGGGCAUCCACCGGACCCUCAAGGCUCCACACAAGCUCGAUGACUGUGCGCUGCAGCUUUCCCACAAUGGCACCUACCUGGACCUGGAGUCUUCCCUGGCUGAGCAAAGGGACGAGCUGGAGGGCUUCCAGCAGGACGACACAGGGUCGAGAGGGAAAAAGCACAGUGUUGUUUUACGAACCCAGCUGACCGUCCGCGUCCACGCCUGCAUCGAAAGACUGUUUAACUCCAAUGGACGUGACUUGAGAAGGGCGUUGUUCUCACUAAAGCAAAUCUUUCAGGAUGACAAAGACCUGGUCCACGAGUUUGUGAUGGCUGAAGGCUUGACGUGUCUCAUCAAAGUGGGCGCAGAAGCGGACCAGAACUAUCAGAACUACAUAUUAAGAGCUUUGGGGCAAAUAAUGCUGUACGUCGACGGGAUGAACGGCGUCGUUGGCCACACAGAGACAAUUGAGUGGCUUUACACGCUUGUUGGCUCAAAGUUCCGCCUCGUGGUAAAGACAGCGUUGAAGCUUUUGCUGGUCUUCGUGGAGUACGCCGAGUCCAACGCACCGCUGCUCAUAGAAGCCAUUGGCACGGUUGAUUCCAAGAGAGGUUGCAAAGCGUGGUCCAACGCCAUGGAGAUCUUGCAAGAGAAAGAUGGCGUGGACACGGAACUGCUGGUCUAUGCCAUGACCCUCAUCAAUAAGACAUUGGCAGCCUUACCGGACCAGGACUCCUUCUACGACAUGGUUGACGGUCUGGAGGAGCAAGGGAUGGAGACAGUCACCCAGAGACACCUGGGUCGGAAAGGCACUGAUCUGGACUUGGUCGAGCAGCUGAACAUCUAUGAGUCAACGCUCCGCCACGAGGACGGCGACGAUGACGCCCAGCCAACGGGACGACGGGAUCGCCGGCGGGCCAGCGUCGGCGGCGGGGAUAAGCGGUGCGGCUUGGAGAGGAGGCGGAGCCGCAGGGCUUCUCUCGGACGAUCUGGUCAGGCGUCCCCCUGCAGUCCGGCAUCCCCGCAGAGGGCGGGCUUCCACCCUUUUAACGGGCAGAGAGCCGAGGAGAUAAGCGAGAGAGAUGAGGAAUGUGAGGAUGCGGUCAUAAAGGACUAUGACGAAGAUGAGCCCGCACUGACUGAGUCUGAUUCAGAUGAAAACCGUGAUGCUUUUUUGUCUAGUCAGAGUAGUUCCAGUUCGGUUAGGCACCUUCCAUCCAUCAUUCAGCGGACGAUCCAAUCUAUCACCAUCACAUCUAAACCUGCACAUGAGCGAGACCCAGGGAAUUGGAAAGAAUCACCUCCUGCCAACGCCCCGAGCUCCCCCUUGACGCCCAUGUCCCCUCCUCCCGUGACCCCUCCUCCGAUGCCCUCCCCACUCAGCCCCCCCUCGCUUUUGGCCGCCCUGUUGGCCAGGAAGAGGGUCACCAGCACCGUUCCGGCGACGAAGGAGGUCGGCCCGCCGUUGCGUGGCACUUCGUACCCCUCCCCCGAGCACCCUCCCUACAAGCCCCACUCGCCCUUCCUCCUCUUCUCCUACGACCUGGAUGAAGAGACCUCACCCCAAUCUCCAUCCAAAACCUGUGUGCAGUCAGACAAUACGACACCUCCAAGGAACGGAGGUCUCACGUCCUACUCGACUCAAAGCAGCCCCUCUACGCCCACCAGUCCCAGGCCUCCUCUGGGGGGGCUCCUCUCCUCCUCGUACCGGCAACACCAAGAGUCUCUGGCAGCCGAACGGGAGCGGCGGCGCGUGGAGAGAGAGGAGCGGCUGCAAAGGAUCGAACGAGAGGAAAGGAACAAACAUAGCCGAGGCUAUGUGGAUAAAAUGGAAGAGGCCAGAAUGGCGCGGGAAGAGAGGUAUAAGAACGUGGAGCGGCAGGCAGCCGAGGAGUACGAAAAGGAGCGCAUCCCCCGUGGAGCCAGGACUCGCCCCGACCUCGACCUGACCUUCGAACCCUCCGAGACGUGGCCGUCGUCGACGCGCAGCAGCACCCCUUCCUCUUUCGCGUCCCAGGAAGACGCCGAGGCCGACAACGAGGCAGAGCCUGCCGCCAGCCCUUACGGACCCUCUGAAGCCGUGGAGGCCGAUGACUUCAGGGCCAGCGUAGAAGCUGAAGAGAAAGAAGCAGAGGAAGAGCAAGAGGAGGAGGUGAAAAAGGAGGAAGCGGACGUAGAAAGCGAGGAAGAAGGUGAGGAGCCGCAUCCUCGAGGGACGAAGGAGCACGAGGAGGCGGAGGAGGACAGCGGCAUCCUGAGCGACAAGGAGCGGCAGAAUGAGGAGGUGAACGAGAAGGACAACUGCUCGGCCUCUAGCAUCUCUUCAGCCAGCAGCACCCUGGAGAGAGAGGAGCGAGGGAACAGCGAGAAUGACCUCAAAGAACAAGAUGUAAAUAAACAGUGCAGCAAACUUCUCAACAGCAAGCUCUUCAUGCUGGACAUGUUGUACUCGCAAAACAAGAAGCCUUGUGAGGAAGAGGAGGAUGCAGAGAAGGAGAAAGAGGAAGGAGAGGAGGAGAACAAAGAGGAGACGCACAAGCUCGCCGAUGGACAGCCGAGCGAUGAACAGAUUGACGACAAGCGGGAGGACAAAUCCGAGCAGCGGGGGAGCAUACGGCAGUUCGCCGAGCGCUUCGGGGACUUGAUCAAGGACAGUGUCUGCUCCCACCCUCACCUGGAUAGCGAAUCCGGUGAUCUGACGCCGCUUGCCCCUCCCAAAAAGGAGUCCGACACAAUCUGGGACCAACUCCUGGCCAGCCCCCGAGAGCUGCGCAUCGGCGACGUCAACUUCACCGACCUGACAGACGACGACGACGUGGACAUCCUGGACGCCGUUCUGAUUGGCACGUGCAGUGACCUCCCGCCCCCUCCGCCUCCGCCGCUUCCCCCGUCCUCCUUCCCCUCCUUCCCUCCGCCCCCGCCCGUGAUCGGCACCUGCCCGCCGCCUCCUCCCUUGUCCGGGAUGAUGCUUCCUCCUCCUCCUCCCCCUUCGCUCAGCUCCCUGAUGGUACUGGCCCCUCCUCCUGAGCCUCAUCUCUUCAACAAGAAGAAGAAGACAAUUAGGUUAUUCUGGAAUGAGGUGCAUCCAGAGUUGCCAAGCAGGGACUACAAGAGGAACGGAGACUCCGUCUGGUCCAAACUGGAUUCGGUGAAAUUAGACACAGCCAAACUGGAACAUCUGUUUGAGUCCAAGUCAAAAGAAAUCCCCGUGACUAAGAAAACGGCGGCAGACGGCAAGCGUCAAGAGAUCAUCGUACUGGACUCCAAAAGGAGCAACGCCAUCAACAUCGGUCUGACCGUUCUGCCUCCCCCACGCACCAUCAAAACGGCCAUCCUCAACUUUGACGAAUACGCGCUCAACAAGGAGGGCAUUGAGAAAAUCCUCUCGAUGAUCCCCACGGAGGAGGAGAAGCAGAAGAUCCAGGAGGCUCAACUGGCUAAUCCCGACACCCCGCUGGGCUCGGCCGAGCAGUUCCUGCUCACUUUGUCCUCCAUCAGCGAGCUGUCUGCCCGACUUCAGCUGUGGGCCUUUAAGAUGGACUACGAGGCAACUGAAAAGGAAGUAGCCGAGCCACUGCAGGAUCUAAAAGAAGGUAUGGAACAACUGGAGAAGAACAAGACUCUGCGCUACAUCCUCUCCACGCUGCUCGCUAUCGGAAACUUCCUCAAUGGAACCAACGCUAAAGGUUUCGAACUGACGUACCUGCAGAAGGUACCAGAAGUGAAGGACACAGUCCAUAAACAGUCCUUGCUGCACCACGCCUGCUCCGUGGUGGUGGAGAACUUCCCCCAAAGCACGGACCUCUACUCGGAAAUCGGAGCCAUAACGCGUUCCGCAAAGGUGGACUUCGACCUGCUGCAGGAGAACUUGGGUCAGAUGGAGCGCCGCUGCAAAGCGUCGUGGGACCACCUGAAGGUGAUUGCCAAGCACGAGAUGAAACCGCAGCUCAAGCAGAAGAUGUCGGACUUCCUCAAAGACUGCGCGGAGCGGAUCAUCAUCCUCAAGAUCGUCCACCGCAGGAUCAUCAAUAGGUUCCACUCGUUCCUGUUGUUUCUGGGGCAUCCGGUGUACAGCGCGAGGGACGUCAGCGUGCACAGGUUCAGCAAGAUCCUCAGCGAGUUCGCUCUGGAGUACCGGACCACACGGGACCGCGUCCUGCAGCAGAAACAGAAGCGCGCCGACCACCGCGAGCGCAACAAGACCCGAGGGAAGAUGAUCGUGGAUGUCGACGCCGCAGUGAGUUGUCAAGCCAGCGUGACCUCUCCGCCGCACACUCAGAUUGGGAGAUAUGGGUCAAGCAGCGCCCCUAGUGGCUGCCAGGAGAGCGAGCAGCCCCAAGGUCUGGGCCACACGGAGGAUGCCGCGGAACACGAGCACAUGAAAGCUGUUUUAAGAACAAGCCUGAGCGGCGGCGGCGACAAGGACGUCAGCGCUGUACCGGGUCUGAGGACCCGCACUCGAUCGCGACCGGGACGGGGAGGCGCCAACGUGCGGGCGCGGACCCCUGCUGUGGAAGACGCUCUGGUGUGCGGGGACGACGCCGCGGAUGAGAUCAUGGAGCGCAUCGUGAGGUCCGCCACUCAGGCUCCAGGAAGUAGACCGCAACCACGGGAGAGGAGGAGGUCAAGGGCCAACCGGAAAUCAUUGAGGCGGACCCUCAAGAGCGGUUUGACCCCGGAGGAGGCCUUGGCGUUGGGUUUCACCGAUUCCGGCGAGCCGCAGGUGUAAUCGACAACUGCUUGUUCCCGGUGGCCGUCGGAAACGUGGCCGUCGCCAGCCACCCGGCCGGCCGCCUUUGCCGCGCGCUCUUCUAAUUGCACCAAGCAGAAGCUUCGGGUUUCUGCCAGCUGCUAACCUUGCCGGACGUGUCUGAGUAAUGAAGUCAGUGUUUUUGUUGUUGUUGUUGUUGUUGUUUUGGGGUUUUUGCUUGUUUUCAACGCUGCACAAAGACAAUGCUCCAGAGGGAAAAGAGGAGGAAAACCGACGCUGCUGUCGGCAUUAUUUGGAAGAAGCGUUCUUGAAAGACGUCACCGUCCCUCCUAUUUAAGCUGUGAACUUGUAACGACCCAAAGAUAAACUUAUCGCUUCUGUUAAGUUCCAAAAGUACCUUAAGCCACCCCAGACGAGAAAAGCGGAAAUGAUCACUUCCUGCAGGUACAAACGUUCGCCUGCGGCGAGUGUUUAUUAUGAAAAGUUAUCAAUUGGUUGUGUCCCUCCAUCCAUCCAUCCAUUUUCUGAGCCGCUUAUCCUCACAAGGGUCGCGAAAGUGCUGGAGCCUAUCCCAGCUGUCAUCAGGCAGGAAGCAGGGUACAUCCUGAACUGGUUGCCAGGCAAUCGCUGUGUGUGCCUUUCUAAUCCCCCCCACCCCCCCACCCCAAAAAAAGAAAAAAGGGAUGAUGCUGUAUCGCUUUACUCCCCCGCUUCGGUUUUCUGUUCAGUUCCUCAGUGUUGCAGACAGUUAACGUUUCUGUUUGGGCGAAAAUGUUCUCAGUAUUUAUUUGAACGAUCUCACACCCUUUUUGUAAGCUUUUUGCACCUUACUCAAGUCACUCUCGCAGCAAAAAGGGAGUCGUCAUUUUUGAGGAACAGUUUGUAAAGUGUAAAAAGAUGAGAUUUUUUUUUUUUUUUUUUUACAUUUCUUAAUGUAUUUGAAGGACAUGCAGCAGAGAUUGCAUACGACGCGUACCGCACACGCCAUCGUCAGCUGCGUGACACGCUACAUCGGUGUUAGUGGUGUGCAUGUGCAGUGCGCUUCGAGUUAUUUUAUAUCUAUAGAAAGUUGUAUUAUAGUCGGAGCAAAAGAAAAAGAAAAGAGGCUCAACUGUAAAAUAUGAUAGCAAAAAGCAAAUGUGGUCAUAAAGAGGGAAGUAUUAUUUUUAUGGUGUUAUUCCUUGCUACCUAUUUUUCAAGGUGUUUUUUUGUUUGUUUGUUUAAACUUUAUGAAGGUGAAGGAAAUGAAGGCUCUUCACCACCUGGGAAACAUCAGCACAUGCAAGACCAUCAAAGUCC